ACUGUCUUCCUCGCCGGCCGUCGCUCUCCGAUCCUCCCGGGCUCUUCUCUAAAAUUGGGUGCUGCUCUCCUCCGCCUUCCAUGGCGUCCGCCGGUUGAGCCACCUGACGCGCGGUGCCCUUAUCGAAGCCAAUCUCAGCCGUUUAUCCACUUCUUCCUCAGUUCCUCUCCUUGCCAAAAAUAACGCAUCCUCCGUCCCGUUCCAGCUCCACCAACCGGGCGGCUUCUGUUUUUUGUCUGGACUGGAAUCAUCGUUGGUCUCAUCGCAUGGUGUCAAAGGAAGCUGAGCCGUUCCCUGACAGCGACAGAUCCAAAGGCUAGGCUUUCGCAGCUUCGUCCUCCCUCCCUUCCUUUUCCCCCUUGUAUUUGGAAGGGAAGGGAAAGGAAGGGAAGGGAGGUCGGGUCCUCUCCCCCUUUCGACAGCGUCAGAAACAGGGGAGGGGGAGGAAGGGGAGGAGGAAGGAAGGUGGUAGCCGGCGACGUGGUGGCAUUCGCCACCUUUAGCCUGGGCUCAAUCGCCUCCCUCUUCCUCUCUUCCUCCGUCCUGCUUGCCCCAACCUUCGUUCUACAGUACAGGGGCCUUAUACCUCAGGGCAAGCAGGGGCACCUCCAUGGCCGCGGUGCUCGACUCCUUCGUCAAACGGUGCACAGCAUCACUGGAAGAUUUUGCAGACCAGGAGGCCUGCGCCGCCCUCGGCAUCGUGGACGAUGUCAGGGGCCUCCUGGCCACGCUGUUGCGCAUCGACGCCAUCAUCUCCCACGAGGAGCGGAGGAGGGUCCUUAGCGCCAAAACUGAUGCGUGGGUGGUGCAGGUGAAAGAUGCCAUGUACGAGAUCGACGACGUCCUCGAUGUCUGCAUGAUUGAGGGCGCAAAGAUCCUCGCUGCUGGCGGCCCACCCACGCCCAAGGUCCGAUGCUUCUUCUGCUUCAAGCUUUCAGGGCCCCGGAAGUUCCGACAUGAGAUCGGCUUCACCAUUAGGGACAUUGAUCUCAGGCUCAGGGAAGUAGAGGAGGAAAUGCCUAGGCUUCCUGCUGGAUCAGCUCACUCUGAUGAUGCAAAAAGGGAUUGGUUCAGUCGUGACGUCUGUAAGAACUGCUCAGACGCGAUGAAGCCCCAGGCAGUUGGGUCGCAGGUCCAAAAGGCUGUGGGUGGCCUUGUGCCAAGGAUGCUUAGAGAGGGCAAGAAGAAGGUGGAUGUCUUCGCCAUCGUUGGUGCGGUGGGGAUUGGCAAGACUACACUUGCUAGGGAGAUCUACAAUGAUGACAGGAUGACUGAAAAUUUCCCCAUUUGUGUGUGGGUUGACAUGUCCAAGAAUUUAUCGGAGCUAGAUUUCCUUAAAACGAUCAUCAGGGGUGCUGGUGCCAAUGUUGGGGUUACAGAAAACAAGGAGGAACUCCUCAUCCUCCUCGCUUCUGCCCUUUCCAAAAGGUUCCUCCUUGUCCUGGAUGACUUGGAGAGCCCGAGCAUAUGGGACAAUCUGCUCAAAGAUUCAUUGGGAGAUGGUGUUGUCAGAGGAAGAAUACUGAUCACAACUCGGAACGAGGAAGUGGCAACAAGCAUGAAGGCAACUAUCCACCAUGUUGACAAAAUGGACCCUGAGAGUGCCUGGGCAUUAUUGUGCAAUCAAGUUGAUGCAGAAUGCAAUUCGGAAGAGCUUGCAACAUUAAAGGAUGUUGGGAUUAAGAUUGCAGAGAAAUGUGAUGGCCAUCCUCUAGCAAUCAAGGUCAUUGCAGGUAUCCUAAGGUCAAGAGGCAACAGCAAGGCUGAAUGGGAGAUGGUUCUGAACAAUGAUUCUUGGUCCAUGUGCCCAAUCCUUCCAGAAGUACCACAAGCCGUGUAUGUUAGUUAUGUCGAUCUUUCUUCUCAACUGAAGGAGUGUUUCCUUCAUUGCUCUCUGUAUCCAGAAGAAUUCCCUAUUCAGCGCUUUGCUCUUGUGCGGCGUUGGAUUGCUGAAGGAAUUGUAAAUGCCAGAGACAAAAAACUGCUUGAAGAAUCAGCUCAAGAGUAUUAUGUAGAAUUGAUAAGCAGAAACUUACUACAGCCUGAUCCUGAAAGUGUUGAGCGAUGCUGGAUAACACACCAUCUUCUCCGCUCUCUAGCCCGCGCUUUGAUAGCAGAUGAGAGUAUCUUAAUUUAUGGCCAGCAGAAACUGAACACCUCAUUGUCAAAGCCCCGGCAUCUCACAUUGUGUAGCAUGGAAAACAGCUUGGAUGGUCCAAUUUCGCUGAAGCAGCAGAUGGGUUUAAGGUCGCUGAUGCUCUUCAAAAGCCCAAAUGUCAGAGCAAUAGAUCUUCUCAUGGAGUCAGCUUCAUGCUUGCGUGUAUUAGAUUUGAGCAAGACAGCAGUGGAGGCCAUCCCGAAAUCCAUUGGUAACUUGGUACAUUUAAGGUACCUCAAUCUUGAUGGGGCUCAGGUCAGAGACAUACCUUCUUCCAUUGGAUUUCUCAUAAACUUGCAGACCUUGAGCCUUCAAGGUUGCCAAAGCUUGCAGAGACUUCCUCGGUCCAUCAGGGCAUUGCUAGAGCUUAGAUGCCUUUGUCUCUAUGGAACUUCCCUAAGCUAUGUACCAAAGGGUGUUGGUAAAUUGAAGCAUCUCAAUCAUCUAGAUGGUCUAAUCAUUGGUCAUGACAACAAUGCGCCUGAGGGUUGUGACUUAGAUGACCUUAAAGCAUUGUCAGAACUAAGGCACCUUCAUAUAGAGAGUUUGGAUAGGGCUACUUCCGGUGCGUCUGCACUCGCAAACAAGCCAUUCCUAGAGGAUCUGUACCUCUCUGAGCAAGCACCAGCAAUAGAAAAUCAGGAGGAUCUGGAGGACAAAGAUGAAACAGAAAAAGAAGAGAAGGAAGGACAGGAAAGAAGCAAUGGCCAAUGCAGAGGAGAUGAGUCAACCAAAGCUAGUGAAAAGAUAUGGAAUGAGCUCACCCCACCCCAGAGCAUCAAGAAGCUGGUAAUCAAGAACUACAAAGGCGUAAAGUUUCCAAAAUGGAUAAAAGGUCCCAAGCUAGGAGACUCCUUCCCCAGCCUUGUGUUUUUGGAUCUUGAAAACUGCAUGUCAUGUACUAAACUGCCUUCACUUGGCCUCCUGAGUCAACUCCAGUCCCUGCAAAUCUCAAAUGCAGACUCAGUCAUCACCAUCGGUUCAGAAUUCCUUGGGACCACUGUACUUUCAUCAGCCACUCCAUUCCCCAAGCUUGAGGUUUUAAAGCUCAGAAACAUGAAGAAACUUGAAGAGUGGUCUUUAACUGUGGAGGAGAGCCAGGUAGUAUUACCUUGUUUGAAGUCACUGCAGAUACAGUGGUGUCCUAAACUGAAAGCUCUACCAGAAGGCCUGAAGCAUGUAGCGCUGUGUGAACUUCAUGUGGAGGGUGCACAUAGCCUAACUGAAAUCAAGGACCUGCCAAAACUAUCUGACGAGCUCCAUCUCAAAGAUAAUAAGGUGCUACAGAGGAUCUCCAACCUGCCCAUGCUUCGUUCCCUCAUUAUCGAUGACUGCUCAAAGUUGAAGCAUGUGGCAGGUCUUGAUGCGCUGCAGCACCUCAGACUUGUCUUUCCUCCGUCCACCGAGACAUUUUAUUUCGAAGAGCUAGUAAUUUUCUGGAGCGUUGCCUUCCCACGGUGGCUGGAGCUACUGAUUCAGAAGUGCAAAGGCCUGCGACGGUUUGAGUUGCAGUGUGGUCUGUCAUUGCUCAGGAGCUGCCUCGACGGUGGCAAGAACUGGCAUCUCGUGCAGCAGAUCCCCGAGGUGCGCAUCAUAAGCUGCGAUGGCAAGAGAUACUUUCGGUAUAACAAGAGCCGCCGCAUCUACGAAACUAAUGCACAGUCAGAAGAAUGAAGCCAUUUCUGAAAACCUUGGCACGACACUGGUUUGUUUUGGGUCAGCCACACGUUUCAGUUGUCGCUGUCCCUACUUUGUUCCGGGAGUAUUGAGAGCUUGUGUUCUGUUCACGAUUGAUUCAGGUGUUUUCCUUUGUUUUGCGUGUUUUUUUUCUUCUUCUUUUUAUCGCUGAGCCGAUAUAUAUGCACUGGUUCUCCUCUGAAUAUGGGUGUCCUUCACCAGGACUCAAUAUGUGUAAUUCUUUUCUGUUUCCUGGUCAUGAUUGUCUGUAAAUUGUAAACAUUGGGUUUGAUGGAUAUCGACACUGGAGUGUAAAGUGUUGGCGGUUAAAUACACGGCCCUCUUUCCUGGCUCAGCAAUGAAACUUCUGUUCU